AUGCUGCAGGAACAGCAGGCUACGAUGUCCUGGAUCGGCCUCCGGGCCUCCCGCGCGGCCCAGAACGCCCUCCGGCUCGCGCCUGCCUCCUCGCCUCUGCCCUGCUCCGCCUCCUCGAGGGUGAUGUGCUGCUUUCUGCUCCUGUCUUCGGACAGCAACAGUCCGGUGGAUGCAACCAGUCGCCAUACCGGUAGCGAUUGCCAUUCGUUGCGCGCGUGCAGGAGCCGCCAUUCUGACAGGGCCUCCUUGUGCACCGCGAUAGAUAUCUGGAUGGAUGUUGCAGCCGCUGAUCGGAUGUCCAGCCUCGACUGCUUUCCUCUUCCCCCUCCUGCUUCUCCUGCUCCGCGCGCUCUUGUGGCUGCUAACCUGCCGUUGCUGUUUUCGUCCUUCUCCCUUCUCGUUCUCGUGCUUCGCCUCUGUUUCACAGUAGCGUUGAGUGUUUCUACAUGGAGCGCCCUCUCUGAGGAGUCCUGGCUGUGA